UUGUGUGUAAAGAUUGGAUCUUUUUCACUUAAUUCUUGGCUAAAGUUUGUGUUUGUUCAAGAAUUGCUUUAAAGUUUCAAUCUUGCUGCAAGAUCUGAUUGUAUAGCUGGUAUUUUUACAAGUUUUGAUAUGCUAAUUUAGCCUGAUUGCUUUGGUUUCCUUUUUUUCUUUCAUUAGGUUUUCCAUAAAUAUGCAAAUUGUGUGUUGAAUGAGAAAUUUUUGGUGGUUUCCUUAUGUGUGUAUGGGGAAAAUAGCAUUUUAAGACAUGGGGUUUGGAUGAAAAGUUUGAAAGAAUGAGUUUUUGUUGUAAAACCUAUGAAUUUAAGUAGUUGAGUUAGAGAAAUAGGUUGUGCUUUGAGGGGUAAAGUAGGAAAUGUAAUUAGCUUCGACGUGGCGGCGAUUACAUGUCUCUAGAGAGGUAGUAGUUGGUUUUUGUUGAAUUAGUAGUAAUUGAUUCUGCUUGGCACAUCUGGAGCAAAAUAGAGUUAUGUGUUUCUAUGGAUGUUGACAAUUGCGUAAUGAUUGACAUUUGAUUCAAUCUGUUUACGUUCCUUGCUUUUGACUUGGACUUCGAAUCCUCUACCCCGAGAGAUCAAGAGGCCUGUGGGCCUUGAGUGAACCUUAAUUUCAGUAGUGAAAGGAAAAUGACCACAAAACCAAAGAAAGGAUGGAAAUCAAUUUCGUCUCUCAAUUUGAAGACCAAAUCAGCAGCACAUUUUUGUUUGCUCCCCAAAUCAAAGUCGGAUCGAUAUGGUCCUGGUGACACACCUGUUUAUCUCAACGUGUAUGACUUGACUCCUAUGAACGGCUAUGUAUAUUGGGUUGGCCUUGGUAUUUUUCAUUCUGGUGUGGAAGUUCAUGGUGUAGAAUAUGCAUUUGGAGCUCAUGACUAUUCAAGCAGUGGUGUCUUUGAAGUUGAACCACGACAAUGCCCGGGGUUCAAGUUUAGGAAGUCCAUAUUCAUUGGGGUUACAAAGUUGGAUCCCUGUCAGGUUAGAGAGUUUAUCGAACGUCAAGCUGCUAGCUAUAAUGGUGACACAUAUCAUUUGAUUUCGAAGAACUGCAACCAUUUUUGCAACGAUACAUGCUACAAGCUCACCGGGAAAAAGAUUCCAAAGUGGGUAAACCGACUUGCAAAAUUAGGUUCAUCAUUCAACUGCAUGCUACCCGAGGCUCUAAAAGUUGCCGCGGUGGAACAUGACCCUAAUGGACCAGAAUAUGUUACUGAACGAAGAAGGCUAAGAAGUGCUUUUAGCUGUCUUUCUUCAAUCUCAACAAGACAAAGACAGUUAUCGACAUCUUCGUUAUUUCUACAAUCACCCUUGAAAGGCUGCUUACCAUCAUGGGAGUUAAGAAAGUCUAGCAACAGGUCUUUGAAGGAAAGGUAAAAAGAUAUUAGACACUUUUCAGUGAAUUAAUCUGUUGGAACAGAAAAUGUUAUUCUGUAACAUGACAUGAUUUCAGUGUAUGUAAUAUGGUUUUUUUUUUAGCAAAGUUUGUCAACUUAUUAGAAGUGAGUUGUUGUAUCAAAGAUGCUUUGUGGGGCUAGUAUUUGAUAGUGUCUUUUUUUAGCUAGAAGGAUGAAAAAAAUUGUGGAUUCAAAAAGCAUAUUGUACAUAAUGCUUAUGCCAAUCACAAGGCAAAUGUUUAUGCA